AUGUUUCUUCGCUCCGUCGCUCGCGCUGUGCCUCGCACCCCGGCCACCCUCCGCGCUGGCCCUGCCGCCGUGAACACCCUGCAGACUCGCUUUUCCUCCGACCAUGCCAUCUCAAACCCCACCCUCGCCGGUAUUGAGAAGCGCUGGGAGGCUAUGCCCCCUCAGGAGCAGGCCGAGCUGUGGAUGAACCUCCGCGACCGUAUGAAGGUUGAUUGGAACCAGAUGACCCUCCAUGAGAAGAAGGCCGCUUACUGGAUCGCCUUCGGUCCCCAUGGCCCCCGUGCCCAGGCCCCCAAGGGCGAGGGCUGGAAGAUCUUCUUCAAGGUGGCCCAGCUCACCCUCGCCUCGUUCGGUGUCUUCUACGUUAUUCACCUCUUCGGCAAGCCCUUGCCCAAGACCAUGUCCAAGGAGUGGCAGGAGGCCUCUAACGAAUACGCCAAGGCCGAAAAGAUCAACCCCAUUCACGGCGUCAGCAAGCCCGAGUACGAGGGCAAAGGCUUCGUCCAGAGCCCUCCCGCCGAGAAGCAAUAG